UUUUGUUUAUUUAUCCAGUUAUACUAACUUCAUACUUUGAAAUAGAAAACAUGAAGUUGUUAGGUAAAUCUUGGAAGUAUAUCAAUGAAGGAAAUGCCCAUAUCGUUGUGCAAAUAUUAGACACAGAUUAUGUGAUACGGCUCAUAAAAGAAGAUGAGAGAACAACAGACCCAAAGAGUGUGUAUGAUCACGUCAAUUUUGUGAAUUUAAUUAUGAUACCAUUGUUGGGGAACAAAUUCUAUGAUAAAGAAGAAGCAAUAGAAAUGUCUCAAUAUGAUUUAGAACAGCUUAGUAAACUGCUACUGCCAUAUCGUCCAAAAAACAGAAUAUUUAAGUCAGAACUCAGCCAGAUUGCCAUAAAGGCCACUAAUUUGUCUAUAGUUAGUACUCAAUGCGACACAAACUUCUGUAUUGAAAUCAAACCAAAAGAAGGUUUUAUAUCAAGUAGUCUUCGGAAGUAUUCAACAUGUUACUAUUGCUUGAAGCAACAUUUGAAGCUUCAAACGGGAGCUAUCAGACUAACUAGCAAGUACUGCCCACUAGACUUGUUUUCUGGAGAAAGAGAAAGAAUGAAACUUUCCUUGUCAAAUAUGAUAAACAAUGCACAAAAUAACUUUAAAAUAUUUAAAAAUGGUUUACUUGUUUAUAAUGAAAAAUCUGAACAGAGUGAUUUUGAUAAUAUUUUGAAGGAUAUGAAUUAUUUUAGUGAACUAAAUCAAUUUCUAGACUUCAUAAUUGAUAUUUUACUAAGUGAUAUCAAUGAACCGUACAUUAAACUUCCAAAAUCUAGUAAAAUCUGUACGAAUGAUAAACCAAACCAAUGUUAUGAAAGUAAUAAUUUAAAUAGCAAUUCUUUUCUUUAUAAGUUAUUGCAAUUGCAAAAAAUGUCAGACGUGUACCCAUUUGAUAUGGAAAAUGAGAGAAAUAAACAUUCCAAUUAUGUUACUAAAUUAAUAGAACAACUUACAACACUGGAUUUGGAUCUAAACAAAGAAAAUGAUAAGGAGACUUUUAUUAAAACAACAAAUCCAAUACAUUUGGCCUUGAUAUCAGCAGUAGCUAAAGAUUGUUCAAUAAUGAUAAGUUUUUCUACAAAUUUUGUUGAAAACUACCCUUAUGUUGAUACUGGGAACUCAAAGAUAUUCUAUAAACUGGCUGUGACGGACUUGGAACCUAAAUCUCCCAACACACUGUACAAAAGGAAGGACACAGAGAAGAAAAUGAUAGAAAUAUAUGAGAAGUACAAAGAAUCAAUAGAAAAGGAGCAUUAAUAAUCCAACCUCAUACAGAAACAAGAUCAAAACAACUAGAAGCAUGGCAACAACUUAUCACAGAAUAUUUAAAAACUACAAAACAGUCAACA